AUGGACGUGGCCGCCACCGACUUUGACUGCAAUAUCUGCCUCGACCGCGUGAAGGAGCCCGUGGUGACACUCUGCGGCCACCUCUACUGCUGGCCCUGCCUCUUCCAGUGGAUCGCCAACCACAACGAAUGCCCCGUGUGCAAGGCCGGCGUCACAAAGGAGAACGUGAUCCCAGUCUACGGCCGUGGCGCCAACACGAUCGAUCCUCGAACGGUCGAUGGUGCCGACGAUAUCCCCAACCGUCCGCGUGGCCAGCGCCCUGCGCCGUCUCUGCGCCGGCGCUUCAUGUUCCAGCCCGACCCGCUGCCGCCGCAUGCGCAAGAAGCCGCAUUCUCGCCCUUGAUUGGGUUCUUUCCGUCUCUUUUCGGCCUUCAGUUCCAAAGCGCUGCGACCGCAACGAUGCCCAACACACACACAGGUCCCUUAACCCCCGCCGAGCUCCAGCAGCAAGUCCAAUUUGCGUUCCUCUCCAAGAUGCUCCUCUUUGUCGGCUCGGCCGUCAUGCUCGGGUUGAUCCUCUUUUAA